CACGCCUGUUACGGGUUACUGCCUCCCAUUUCCCAUUUCCCCAGGAGUGCCGCACCCGAUCGCAACGCGCUUCGAGCAGAAGGUACUGUCGUCGCCGCCAUCGCAAUCCCGUGUCAUUGUCCACAUCCUCUCAAAUGAACCAAGACCACAACAAACAUCAACCCCUGUCGCUCUCACCGCGCAAUUUGGGCAUGGACGAUCUGCGAGACUUCUGCGGUCCCCUUGGCGCGUUCAAGACGGGAUUGACGCCGCGUUUCUCCACCGGCCUCACGCCGCGAACAGGAUUCACUCCUCGCACAGGAUUCACGCCGCGGGAUUACAUGAGCCGACACGGCGGAUUCCCGUUGUCCCCUCGCAGCGGCGGUCUCGGCGGUAUGGGAUUUGGACAGCCGCAUAUGGGAAGUGGAGGGUAUUCCCCAAAAGGCCAAUCUAUUCUCAAGGGACGCUACCAAGAACCCAUGUCGGCAAAACAAGAUCAACAUCAAGGACACAUGAACCCCGAAAUGAUGCAUCCCCUGAUGUACGAAUACUUGAACCGAAGCCAACAGCAAGCGCAGCACAAUGCUCCAUCCCACGGAGUGUCCAUGAUGCAUCACCCUAGCCAGCAGCAGCAACAGAUGUCGUCGUCGAUGAGCAACGCCCACCACUCUUCCAACAUGUCCAAUGGCGGAAGCUCCCCGGGCUCGGACAACUUGGACAAGCAAGACGAACUCGAUGCGCGCCGCCGGUUAAAGAACCGCGAACGCGUGCGAAAGUGCCGAAAGCGCAAGCAAGACCGGUUGAACUUUCUGGAAGACCGGAACAACGAGCUGGAGAAGGAAAACGGCGAGCUCAAGACCAAAAUUAUGCGUCGGGGCGACGGCAGCCCAAUCAACAAAGCCAUGACGGAGGAAGCGCUGUUGGAGCUCCGCGCAAAGCAAACGAACACGUUGCAACUGGUGCAAGCGAUCAUCAACGAAGGCAUGAUGUCAUUUGAAGCGUCGGCCAAGUCGGUGUGGACCCCGAACGCCACCAUUGUGGACGGCGUCACGGGCGAGAAACUGACCAACAUCGACGUGAUCGUUGAAAACAAGCGGAUUUCCGCCAGCGUGUUCUCUAACUACAAGAUCAAAAACUUCUCGGCGGACUGGCAAGCCCACGACAAGGCCAUGAUCAAGUGGGACAUUGAAGCGUCGUUGCGUCCCAACGCCCCGAGCAGCAUCGCGCUGAGCUCGCCAUUCCACCAAUUGGCGCCCCAUUUCAACAACGAAAUGUUCCCGUUCCACAUGGUGUCGCAUGUGACGUUCAGUAGCGACAAGAUCGCCGAGGAAGUCCGAUUUGUGGACGUGGCCAAGUUGCUGUCGGCAGUCGUGUCCAAGCAGCGCGACCCGUCCAAGAUGGCAGAGAUCGUCCAGGCGGUCGCGUCGUCGGCGUUAUAAAUGACUAGCGAUAAAUUGUUUUCGGUAGAACUGUUAGAUGCGUGUAUAAUUCCAAACAUCAACGUGUGGCUGUGUCUGCGAUCGAAGCAAGGUCACAUUGAUCCACCUUGCCAACCAACACAAUGCUACAUGUUGAGCAGUUCGUCCAACUCGUCGUCAAUCUCACAUGCUGGCGCGGGCGUUUCAGGUUGUGGGGGAGGUAGCACUUGCGUGACUACUGCUUUUGCCGGCGUUGUCCCUUG